ACGCGGCGCAUCCCCGUGCGCACCGAUGCUGGAGUGGAAGCGACAGGCGCGCUACCUCUCAGCGGGACUGAACGCAUCGAAGAGCGGAGACCGGAGGAGAGGAUCACCGGGUGUGUGUCCGACCAGGAGCCUCAGACCGCGGGGAGCGAUGCGGAGAACGAGUCGCUCCACGGGCAGCAGGACUUAAAAAGCUGCGGUCCAUCCACCGGAACACUUUUCUAUCUACUCUGGCCCCUUCCCCUCUCUGUCUCCCUCCCCUCUGAUAAGAACCACAAGAACCCGGGCGCUCCUCGUCCAGUUUGCUCGCUCUGUGAGUCUCGAACCGCAGUUUGACAACAGGUCAGGGGGUUCGGUUUUGGACACGAUGUGGAUCACCGGGACUCUGAUGCUGCUUCAGGCGCUAUCGGCGUCCGGAGAACUCCAGCAAGAGACGGAGCCGCGGAGACUCCCACCUCCGGGAAAGUUGGAUUUCGGUUAUGUGCCUGCGGGAGUUUACGAGACGCUCGCCCAUUACGAGCCGGGACCGAUCGGGAUUCUGUUCCACAUGGUGCACGCCUUUCUGUACGCGGUGCAGCCCAACGCGUUCCCGCAAGAUCUUAUUGUCAAACUGGCGAAGGACAAGUUCGGGGCCAUUCAGACGGAAUACCAAAAGCCAGAGAACAUAGUGCUGACCCUCCAGGCCAUCUACUACGAGAUAGGCUUCCUAGUGUGUGCGGCCGUGGGCCUGCUGUUCGCCGUUCUCGUGCCGAUGGUAGGCCUCUUCUUCUGCAUGUGCCGCUGCUGUGACAACUGCGGCGGCGAGAUGCACCAGCGUCAGAGGAAGAACGCAGACUGCCGGCGAGGCCUACUGGGAACUCUACUCUUCUCCACCUCACUGGUUAUCACGAUUGGAGUUCUGUGUGCGUACGCUGCCAACCAGAACCUGAGCUCUCAGGUGAAGAACAUCCGGCGACUGGUCAACAGCAACAUGAGGGAUCUGCACACCUUCGCUAAUGACACACCAAUGCAAAUUGAUUACCUAAUAUCCCAAUACGCCACCGCCAAGAACAAAGUCAUCUAUGACCUAGAUAACAUAGGCCCAUUAUUGGGUGGAAGGAUACACGAUCAGCUGGAUAAGGAGGUCCAUCCUGCCUUGGACCAGGUGCUCAAUAUGGCUGGAGUGAAAAUCGAGAGAGCCAUCAAAGCCAUGCGAGAAACAAAAGAGGCCCUGGAGAAUGUUAGUGUGUCUCUGGAGGUCCUCCAGGAAGGAACGGGGAAACUCAACUUCAACCUGAGUUUAGUCCGGACCAGCAUCAACCGAACCCUCAACGACCCCGGCUGUCACGACGAGGAGUCAGACGCCACCACUGCCCAGCUGUGCCGCAACAUCCGCCAGUCACUGUCCCAGCUGCAGAUUAGUGCUAAUUUUACACGGCUACCCAAUGUGAAUCCUCAGUUGGAAAAGGUGAACGAUGUAUCGAAAACAGACCUCAGCACCAUCGUCCAGAGGGGCUUCUCCUCUUUGAACAACACACCACACAUGGUGGUCGAACAGACCAGAAGUGUCGUUGAGAAUGUACAGAAUUUGGUGGAUGGCAUUGGCAACAACAUCAGCAGCUUUUCCAAGGCGUUCCCAGUGCAGAGCUCCCUGUCCAACUUCACUAUCUUCGUUAGCCAUGCGCAUGCCAAGAUCGAGGACUACUACCCUGAAAUUGACAAAAUGGACUUCUACAGGUGGAUUGGCUGUAUUGCUCUUUGCUGCAUGGUGGUCCUGGUCCUGGCCUUCAACUACCUUGGCCUGCUGUGUGGCACCCUGGGAUACGACAAGCACGCCUCACCUACAACACGAGGCUGCAUCUCCAAUACAGGAGGAACGAUGCUUAUGGCCGGCGUUGGAUUUAGCUUCAUCUUCUCCUGGGUGCUGAUGGGUGUGGUGACCAGUCUCUUCCUGGCUGGAGGGAACAUGGAGAAACUUGUUUGUGAACCAUUCCACAGCAAAGAGCUCUUCAAGGUUGUGGACACCCCGUAUCUGAUCCACCCAGAGUGGAAGAACUUCAUCCCUGGCUACAUGUACAACGACUCCGACCUGGAACUGACAGCAGAGAGCUUGUACAGUACUUGCAAACAGAACAAAGGCAUCUACUCUGCCUUGCGUCUGGACAAAGUCUUCAACAUCUCCUCCUUCCUGAACACCACAGUGUUCACUAAGGAUGUGGUCGGUCAGCUGGACAGUGUUAAGAUCGACCUGAGAGGAAUAAUCCUGUUAGAGGCGGAGGGGAAGCAGAACCUCCUGGAUUUCUCUGAAGCAGGGCUGUCAGAAAUCAACUACGCUGACUACCUGGAAGAGGUGAAUAAAGGAGUCACUGUGGUGGAUCUGCUCUCAUUUGCCAGAGAGCUUGAAGCCCAGACAGACCUCAUGCCCAGAGGCCCUCUGCACACUGCUCUGAAGGGCCACAUCAGCACUCUGCGGCAGAUCCACAGACAACAGAUCAUCCCAAUGGAGCAAGCCAUGAAAUAUGUUAGAGCAAGGAGCGCAUUGAACCAGAGUAUGAGGUUCCUGGAGAGAACAGCUUCCGACCUCCCAAACAAAGUCUUAGCUGUUCUUGAUGCCAUUGAAGCCGCCCAGUACCUCAUCUCCCACAAUGCUACACAUUUAAUAAGUCAGGAAACAGGAAAAUACACAGCGACCAUUGUCGGCUACUUCCAUCAAUACAUAGAGUGGGUCAAAACAUCUCUGGCCAUGGAGGUCGCACCAUGCAAGCCCUUCAGUAACAUGGUGGACACAGCGGAAAUCAUGGCCUGUAGCUUCUUGGUCGACUCUAUGAACACUUUCUGGAUGGGUCUGGGCUGCAGCACUCUCUUCCUGCUCCCGAGCAUCAUCCUGGCAGUGAAACUAGCAAAGUAUUACCGCAGGAUGGACACAGAGGAUGUUUACGAUGACAUUGAGACAAUUCCCAUGAAAACUAUGGAAAUUGGUAAUAAUGGUUAUCAUAGUGAGCGCUCACGAGGUAUUCCUAAUCCUAUGAUGGCAAGCAUCCCUACCUAUGACACCAUGAACAGGUUCCCGCGGGCCUCGGCUCCUCCGAGGCACAUCGACUGGUGACAGACAGCCAGCUCUUGUUCUGGCUCCUGAAAGCUUGUUUUAGUGCUUUUAUGCUCGCAGGAAAACCAUCAUGUGCCCUCGAAAACUGGAACUAAAAUACACCAUACUGCUCAUUUCCCAACUCCUUGGACCAGAUGAAGUUCAAUAAAAGCUGGUUUCUUUAAAACACAGCAAGAACACACAAAGUCCUGCAGAUGCUUUUAUCUUCAAUGAUCAACUGAACUUUUUUAUUCAGGCCAAUCACAGCCUUCAGUGCGGUUACUGCCUGCAGGACAUCAAACUCUUCUCCCCACAGCAUCACUCUGAGCCAGGCUUGUUCUGCAUUUUUUUGUAAGACUGCUGUGUCUGCGUUUACAUUUGUUCGGAUACAAAACAAAGCUGAAAAAAACAUUCAGUGAGAGGACAUAACAUUAACUGUGAUGCUUGUUCGUUUAAAUGUUCUUAUUUGUGCUUAAGAAAACAGUGGCUAGAAGGUCACCUGAAGGACAUAGCAACGUGAUAAAAGACUUUUUUUGCUUCCUGCAUUUAAAAUGGAUGUGGCACUUUCAACCCAAGCUAGUGUUGAAGAUAUAACAGAAUGAAAACACACCUGUGACAAAAGCUGCAAGUCUGCACGAUGUAUAGUGUGUUCAAAAGAGCUAUUUGUUGAAAAUGACACAUCCGUUUUACUUGCAGUUUGUGUUGGAUGACGAUUGCAUGGUAUCUUAAUGACUGAAAACUGGAAGAUUUGAACAAAAUGGUAAAAUACAGAGACAUGUUGGGGGAUAUCUUAAGAAAAGUUAGCAUGGCUGUUAAAAAUGUUUACAGUAUUACAAGAAAGUUUGUCUUUGCUGGUUUGUGGCACAUUGCAAAUGACAGGUUGCCUUUCAGAAGUAUAUUUUACCCUGGCAUUUGGCAGAUUUGCUCCUUUUCAAAAAGAGAAAAUCCACCAUCAGAUGCUGUUACACUGCUGAUAAUCUACAAUCUGGGAAUUUUUUUGUUGUACAGUGUUUAAAAGGUACUCCUUACAAUUUUUACCAUAACAAAUUUCCUUAAAUCUCUGCUAUCGGCUUUUGAGCCAGAUGUUUUUUCCCCUACCUACCCUAGAAUGCCUUUUAACAUCAACUAAAGUGGCAAAAAAAAAAUGCAUUUUAAGAUAAGAUGGAAAUAAGAUGGCUUGAUGUCCAAAUAUAUGUUAUCUUGUAUGGAUACUGACUACAUUUUAGACCAGUAGCUCCCAUUUCUUUUGGCUAGCCAUCCUUUAUAACCUUUAGAGAUUGUAUAUUUCCAAACAAAAAUAGCUUAGGAAGUUCAAGGACAAUAUUGGUGUACAUGUUAUUAUGUGUAACAGAUAUAUGUGUUUACUGGUCUAAUUACAUCUGGACCCCUGUGAUAUAUUUUAGCAUCCUUCAGGAAGCAUCACCCCUCUACCGCACGCUACUGUUUUCGAUGGCUAAAAAAGCACAUCUCUGUUGUACAUGUGUUGGAAAUAUCUGUCAAAAACACUGUACCAUCAAAGUUAAUUAAACACAGGAGUACUGAUCAUGAGACACCAUGAAACAAAAUCAUGCCACAAUUUUACCAACAGCGUAAGUAUUUUGGGUGGAUUUUCCCUUUUAAGCUAUAUCAUGACGUCAGAGUAUAACCUAUAAUCACACACUUUGACAGAAGCGUCUGGCUUUUAGGUUCCCUAUGUGAUGAACUUAUUAGUAAUACUCGCUAUCAUGUUAAGUUCACUAACAUGGUAUUUUCACUGAGAUCUUUCUUGCUUUCUAGAAUUGAUACUUUUAAAUGGAGAAUUAAUUCUCAAGCCAAAUCCUGUUGUUCUUUUUUUUCCUUUUUACUGUAGAUCUCAGGUCUUUAGUGUUCUAUCAAAUGCGUGCUUAUUUUCUUUUCCUGCUUUUUAAAAACCCACAGUAGCCAUGGAUACAUUUUAAACUACAGAACAAGUGAAUGUGUUCAAAAGCUAUUUUUUUUUUAUUUUGUAUUGCUUGUUAUGGAAGUUGACUGAGAAAUAUGCUGAAGUCUAUUUCUAAUGCAUCGGGCACACCAAUCCAGUUUCCCCACCCACCUCAGCUUCAUGUUUACAGGUACAUUUGCAGUUGCUGUCAGCAGAGUAAUGGCAAAAAAUUAGACAAUCCAUUAUUGGGACAAGUGAGCGCUGUCAAUCAAAUAGUAGAAAAAAAGAAGCAUGCUUUAUGGUUUUUACAUAGUUGGUGGUGUUGAUGUACACUUUGAAAAUGUCCAUCUUAACAUUAACAUUUUAGAUUUUAGGUUUCUUAUUAUUGUAUUCAUGAAUCAUAAGUUAGCCUAUAACAACUCCACAAUUCCCAUUGUAAGGAUUUACAAUAAUAAGUCAUUGAAUCAAGUAAAAAUAGUCAAUGGGGUGAAAUGUGUAACCUUGAUUUUGAGAAAGUGCUAACAUUUUCAAACUAUCUGAUCAUUAGCAUCAUCUCAUUAGCAUUGGAAACUUAUCAAAAUAUUUCACCUCAUGUACCUUAAUCCCAUUUUAUUAUAAAUUUUUAUAUACUUUCACUUAUAUCGCCUCUACAUUAGAAGCCAACUGAUGCUGAGAAAAGUAGGCACCCAGGAAUUUCUAUGCUUUAGGUAGAAUUUGAAUUGGCUACACAACCCCAAUCCAAGCUAGUUAUCCAUUUGUUGUAGCUAAUAAACUAGGUAAUCUCAUAUUUAUGUAACCUAUUUCACAUUAAAUGACAUUUUUUUCAAUGCAUCACACUGAUAUUACAAGUUAACUUUAUCUCUUAAAUCCAAGAGAGCAGGUUUUAAUUUGUUUUGGCAAAUUUCUGUCCACACAUAUACCUAUCUAGCAACUUAGCCUCAUGUAGCUGCAGCUAGUACAUUACAUGACCUCUCUGUUUUACAAAAGCCCAAAGUAGCGUAUAAAAACACACUGCAAGGCUUCACGGUACUAAAACUGUGGUUUUAUGUAUGUGUCAAAAAAAUUGUCAAUGAGGUAAAAUAAGUAAAAAAUAAGUGACUGUGAUUUUGAGUAAACAAUAUUUUAAAUAACUAGCUAGGCUACUUAUUUGAUCCACUACUGUUGGAAUCAACUAAUUGGCAUUGGAUACUGGUCAAAAUAUUUCCAGUCUUGUAUCAGAUUCACAUUAUUAUUUGCAUUUCUUAACCAAAAUCACUUUUACACUACAAACAUGUUUUUAUUUGUUUAAUUUCCUCAUUUCUUAUUAAGAUGGACAUUUUCAAAUAAUUGUGUGCUCACAUUGACAAGACUAUCAUUGGUUUUCUUGUCUGCUAGAGUCUGGAUGUGACCCAUCUUGGGAGAAAAAAAAAUGUAUUUUCCUAAGUGCUUAAACUAGAUAUCGUGUAUCCAAACCCUGAAUGGAUCAGAUACAAUGGUAACUGGUUUGAACUGUGAUGCUCCAAAGCUGGGCACUGAUGGAGCCACGGAAGAGGAACUUUUUAUGUGGUGGUGAAAAGAGAGUGUACAAAUUGUGAAUAAACUUUGAAAUUCAA